AUGGCCUCGCAAGCGCAAGGAGCCUCGAGCUCUGAUAAGAAGAAGCCCAGCCCACUGCGAUCCAUCAUUGCCGGUUCCACGGCUGGCGCCAUUGAAAUUGCCAUUACAUACCCUGCCGAGUUCGCCAAGACUCGGUCGCAAUUGAACCGUCGUCUGGCAGAAGGCAAGAAGCUGCCAUGGCCACCGUUCGGCAAGCAGUGGUAUGCGGGCUGCACGACGCUCAUCAUCGGCAACUCUGCCAAGGCUGGCAUCCGAUUCGUCGCCUUUGAUCAGUACAAGAGCCUUCUCGCCGACGAGAACGGUAAGCUCACCGGUCCGCGAACUGUUCUUGCUGGCUUUGGUGCCGGUAUCACGGAAUCGCUCCUCGCCGUUACGCCAACCGAGAGCAUCAAGACGACACUCAUCGACGAUCGCAAGUCGGCCACGCCGCGCAUGCGCGGCUUCCUGCACGCCGUGCCCAUUAUCGCGCGCGAGCGCGGCAUCCGCGGCUUCUUCCAGGGCUUCGUGCCGACAACGCUGCGGCAGUCGGCCAACAGUGCGACGCGCUUCGGGUCUUAUACCUUUUUCAAGCAAAUCGCUGAGUCGUACACGGCGCCCGGCGAGAAGCUCGGAACCGCGAGCACGUUUGCCAUUGGCGGCCUCGCCGGCCUCGUCACCGUCUUCGUCACUCAGCCGCUCGACACAAUCAAGACACGUAUGCAGAGCCCCGAGGCCAAACAAAUGUAUGGCAACACGCUUCGCUGCGCGGGUCUCAUCCUCAAAAACGAAGGCGUCCGCACGUUUUGGAGCGGCGCGGUGCCGCGCCUGGUGCGGCUGGUCAUGAGCGGCGGCAUCGUCUUCACCAUGUACGAGAAGAGCAUGGAGCUCAUGAAUCGGCUGGAUCCUGAGAUGAAGUAUUUGUAG